AUGACUGUGCUCCGAGCUUCUCCAUUUGCCAAGCUUGCUGGAAAUAGGGAGAUUUUAUCUAUAAAAGGGCUUGAUGAACUCGGUCAAACUGAGCUUUCAAGACAUCAAGCUUUCUCUCAUCAAGAUCAUAUCCUCUCCUCGCGGAAAUUCCCAAGUCUACAAGUUUCCCAUCCGCAGUCAAGUCAUCAAUCCGUUGCGAUUGCCUUCAGGCCUCCUUUCACCUUCUAUCUACCUUAUUUAAACGUCCCGCAUACCAAUUCGUCUUUUGCGAAAAUGUGCGUCCAGUGGUGGGAAAAGUUCGAGUGCGGAUGCACCGCCCUCGUUGGCAAUGUAGAGUCUUGUUCGUCUAUGCAAGGCUCAGGAAACCAGUCUUCAGGCACGAAGUACUCCGGCAGCCAUGGCAAUCAAGGCUCAGGGUCGCAGUGCCCCAAGAACCCGGGCGUCGAAAUGAGAAAGAAAUAUACCAUCCGCCCAGGAAACUGUGUUAAGCACGGCGGCAGUGGUUGAUCCACCGUCGGAAGCCGCAACAAAAAAGCCUUGUCUCAGCAUGCGUUCUUUGUGUCUUCUCCCUUUUCAAUCGACUUGACGAUGCACGCCGAUAGACCUUUAUUCUUCUUUCCCGGAGUUUCGAAUUCUGAGACUAAUCCCAUUAGAAGCGACAUGGGUCUUUUCUAGCUGCUCCUGUCGGAUGGCGACGACAGAUAGAUAGCCCCAUCGUGGACGCAAACCAAAGGGGUGUUUUCGUUUAAUUUUUCAACCUUUCCUUUCUCCUAGAAAAAAGCAGAAAAGAGCCACAAAAAAAAAAAAUCUCUUACCGUUUCAUCUCUACUUUUCAUUCUCUAUAACUUUUUCGGGCCUGGUGACUGCUUGGAAGGGGUUUCCUGGACGGAUAUGUGGGAAGAAUGGUAUUGACUGCCUCUCUCUCACUCCCAUCUUUCUGGCUUAUUGUUUGCUACUACCACGUAAUUAUCUCUUCUUCCUUUUUUUUUCUUUCUUUUCC